GCAGACUUCCAGAAGCUGGAGCGCGAAGCGAGGAUCUGCCGAAAGCUGAACCACCCCAACAUCGUGCGGCUUCAUGACAGUAUACAAGAGGAAGGAUACCACUAUUUAAUUUUUGAUCUUGUCACCGGGGGUGAACUUUUCGAGGACAUUGUCGCCAGGGAAUACUACAGUGAAGCUGAUGCAAGCCACUGCAUUCAACAAAUUCUGGAAAGUGUGAACCACUGUCACCAGAACAAUGUCGUUCAUAGAGAUCUUAAGCCUGAAAACCUGUUGUUGGCCAGUAAAGCCAAAGGUGCUGCUGUCAAAUUGGCAGAUUUCGGAUUGGCAAUUGAAGUUCAAGGAGAACAGCAGGCCUGGUAUGGUUUUGCCGGCACACCAGGUUAUCUAUCACCAGAAGUGUUGAAGAAGGAUCCCUAUGGCAAACCAGUGGACAUAUGGGCCUGUGGUGUCAUUCUGUACAUCUUGCUUGUUGGUUACCCCCCAUUUUGGGAUGAAGAUCAACAUAGGUUAUAUGCACAAAUCAAGGCUGGGGCCUAUGACUAUCCAUCUCCAGAAUGGGACACAGUUACCCCAGAGGCCAAGAAUCUCAUCAACAGUAUGCUGACGGUCAACCCAGCUAAGCGAAUCACUGCCGCUGAGGCCCUGAAGCACCCGUGGAUCUGCCAACGGGAACGUGUUGCCUCUACGCUACACCGCCAAGAGACUGUGGACUGCUUGAAGAAGUUCAAUGCUCGUCGCAAGCUAAAGGGAGCGAUCUUAACAACUAUGCUGGCUACUCGCAACUUCUCAAGUCAUGUUACUACUCCCAACACAG